GUUCGGAUACUCGGAUACUUCCAUGUUAGAAUAACAUAAUUUCUUUAUAUCUUCCCUUUUUUUUGGUGUACAAUAAAACAACGCUAUCAAAAGUGGACAGUACAUCAUCAAUGGCUUUGUUCCUUUUGCCUUAGUCAGUAUAACCUAUUACUAUGGCAUCUCUCACUCGGAGAGAGAAGCAGAGAUGUCCCACAGCAGGUAAUCGGAGGUAUUUGACAGCAGAUGCUCCUCAAUGUAAAUCUACCAGACUCUUUUCCGAGACAGUGAGCAAUACAGUGCUACGCGAGUACUGUCAUCCAUCAGAGCGCCCAUCCCCAGAGGGUGCGGGAUCCAACACCGACUCUCACCGUGCUCUGUUUCCGAAGAUGGAGGUCCCAUCCAGGGGGACUUUGACAGGAACUUGUUACAGUUCUGGAGGUGCUGUUAGAGCCACUGGAUUUGGUACUGUUGGACCCCCCGUGGUAGGAAGCUGGAGCCUUCGUAAAUCUGACGGUAAAGUUAUUUGUGAGCAUUGCACGGCGACUGUGUCCGCGCUGAAGAGACUAGCCCUGAGCUUCGUCAUUCCUCAAUAUAGCACUUGCAAGGACUCAGCCUUAUCUGCUUUUCUCCACAACAAGCUCCAAGCCCACAGUUGUACCGUAGACACCCAGAAUCUGGAGGACGAGCAGGGUGUCUGUGACGUCUGCGGUGCCCACCUGAGCCAGCUAAAGCAGGAGGCCGUUCACCUGGUCUUAGCCAAGGAAGAGCGCACCAGGUGGGCUGCCACGCUUGCUGCCAACCCUGGGCACACCUCCGCCAGGACAGCCCCCUCCAGCCCCCACAUCUCUUCCAGGACCCAUUGCUCCCCUGCUAAGCCCUCCUCUGGACCGGGAACCACCGACCCCAUGGCCCCGACUAAAGCACACCUGUCAGGUUCCAACAGGACCCAAAGCCCCCAGAGGAGCCACCCUAGAGGGGCCGUCAAGCCCACCGCUGCUGGGAUGUGUCGAUGGGUGGAGGAGCAGCAGCAACUCGCCUCUUCCAUAGCAAUGUCCGGUAAUGACAGGGUUGCCACCUUCCCCUACCAGUUUUCAGAGUUCUCAGAAGGUCAGAAUGAAAAUGUGCUUGUUCGGAGGAGCCCAAUUCCCGAGGCCUUGUCCUUCCUGGUCAGGGCAGCUCAGAAACUGAGCCUGACUGUAAGGAGGAAGGGCCAAACGACCGCCCACUCUUCUGCGUGUUCUGCCCCAGUUCCCACCUGCUACCGGGACAUCAUCCAGAGGACUCCCCCCCGAGUCCCCGCUUGCCUCAUUAAAGCUGCCAACGGAGUCACCGGCGGCAGCGUCGGCAAGGUCAGUGUGGUGCUUCGGGUGCUCCCCUGUCCUCCCGUACCUUGUUCUCAGCCCCCGUCACCCAUUCUUAGAGUGGACCCGACCAAGAGAAGGGUCAGCAUUAUGGAUCCUACUGCCAUCGAUAGUCCACGGCAGACCGCCAGUGGGCCAGGCAGGGGUCUGUGGAAGACAUAUGGCUUUGACACAGCCUUCCCCCCAGAGUCAACCCAGGCGGAGGUGUGUGUAGGCGUUUUGCCUGACGUCAUCCGUUCAGUGGUGAACGGGUCAGACGAAUGCAUUAUAUGCUUCGGACGUGCUGAGUUGGGGAAGUCCCAGACCAUGCUGGGAAGUGAUAAAAACAGCCAGAGUUUAGGUGUCAUCCCGUGUGCCAUCUCCUGGCUCUACAGUCACAUCGAGAAAAGGAGGAGAGAGAGGACCACGCCCAGCUUGGCUGUGUCUAUCUCUGCUAUGGAGGUCUGUGAGGACGUUGAGACCCUCAGGGAUUUACUGUCAGGCAAUAUUCAGGACAGCCAAUCAGCAGAUGUUUACCUCUACGAGGACCCCAUCUAUGGAAUACAGCUCAGGAACCAAAGCGUGGUAUCUGCCCCCGACGCAGAGAGUGCUGCCCUCCUCCUGGAUACAGCCGUCGCGUCCAGGAGGAAGUGUGACAUCAGCACGCCGUCGCUCUCCUCUGGCUCCCAUUUGUUCUUUACGGUGCACGUCCAACAGCUGCUCCCUGAGGGCGACGGCAAAGUACCAGGGGGCCACAGCAGGUUGAUUAUGAUAGACCUGGAAAAGGGGAACUGUGGAACAGGUGACAGUAGAAGUGGGCGCUCUGAGUCUGAGCUGGGCGGUGUUAUCCUGGCCCUUCUCAACAAUGGAAAGAAAAACGUCCCUAACAGGGACAGGAAAGUGACCAUGCUACUACAGGAGUCCCUGCGGAACAGGAACUGUCACACCACUGUCAUGGCGCAUGUGACGGACUCACCAGAAUAUUUCUCAGAGACACUCUCCACUGUCCAGAUUGCCUCUCGCAUCCGCAGGACACAAAAGAAGCCUAAACAUCUCAGCCUGAGUAGAGAGGGGAGAGGAGGGACUCAGUCCUUCGCCCUCAGAGCAUUCCACUCCACCAGUGCUGUGGAUUCGGACCUUAGUGGACCGCCCCAGCUCCGGCUUGGUGGUGACCUGCAGGACAACAUCUCCAACAGUGACCAGUCCUGUGACACGGUCAUCCAUGUCAAUCCUGAUGGCUCCGUCCUGCAGCCGGGAACCGAGCCGACCGAGCAGGUCCAGCGGGAGGUCACCCCAAUCAUCCCUUCCCUGCACCGGAAUAACCCCGAGGCGCUAUCAGAAGAGGCCGAGCUUUCCUCUCUGCAGCAGCAGCUUCUCCAGCAUCUUCUAAAGAUCAUACCUCGUCCGGACAGAGAGAGGAAGAAGAAAGAGGGCGUCGCCCAAGAACGCCUUCUUCAAUCGCUUCGGAGCACCGUCGAAGAGGCGGGUCGGUACGAGAGAGACUUAAGUCUUGAGUGCGACACGUUCGCCGAGCUACAGGAGCGACUCGGGUGCAUCGACGGGAUUGAGGCACUUACCAAGUCGUCCUUAAAAGAACCUUCCACCAUGGCCGACUCCCCUCCGGACCCAGAAGGUAGCCCAGGAAAAAACGAGGCGGGGGAGGAGCUUUCCGUUGUCAGUGAGAAAGGGGACACAGUGACCGGCGGCAGUCUCCCAGUCGACAGUUUGCUGAGGGAGGACUCCGGUCUGUAUGACUGCGAGGAAGCCUGUGCAGCGGGACCCACCGAUGAGCCACCAAACCCCUGUGGCCCCAAUGCUUUCCAUCCGGCCUGCCAGAGCCACAGCCUGCCUGAGGACCGCCAUCUGUCGCAGUGCAACGCCGUCGACAGUCUGAUCUGCCCUGCGUCAAGUGUUCGUCCUCCCCUUCCUCUGUCACCUCUUCCACUAUCUCUGGAGGCUGGUGGAUACCCGGGAAGGUCCGAGGCCGGGGCCUCUCCGGCGGGCAAGGGCUCCACAAUAUCCCCUUCUCUGUCACUCUCUGUUUUCUCUCACUCUUCCACCACCUCCUCCUUGGCCGCAAACGCCCUGCCAGGAGAGACGAUACUGCCCCGGCUGUCUGCCGCAGAGUCAGAGGUGAAGGAGAUGAAAGCCACCAUCACUGUGACGGUCCAGCAGCCACUGGAUGAGACAGGCCAGGACGAACUGGUGUUCACCAUGGUGGAGGAGGUGACCAUCAGCGGUGCGCUGGAGAGAGGAGGCCAGGCGGGGAACGUCAUCAGGAUCAGGGAUGCCCACUCAUUCUCAGGACAGGUUUCUUCUGGGUCUGUACUGGGUUCCCCUCCCAUCAGAAUUAUAGGUAAUGUUAGUGAAGAUCCAACUUCUACUACAGGAUCUACAAUCAAUGCCAUGGACCCUGUUACCGUAACCCAGACCAUGGCUGUGGAGGUCGAGACCAAACCGAAGGCCAUGUCUUCUCUCUCCAGGAAGGACAACCAAGUCUUACCCUCCUUUAUAAACCCUUCGCUCUCUGACAGCACUUGGGGAAGUGAUUUUGUGGAGUCUAAUAACCACAGAGGGGUUUCUAACAGCUGUUUCAGGCAAGUGGAAGCUUCUGCUGUGCCCCAGAAGAAAGAUCAUAUAGAAGGUUCAGGGAACAAAACGCAGAUCUUUGCUAAUGAGAUAGGUCACGAGAGGAAGAACAACGCAAAGGUUUUAACACCUUUCCUGGUUCAAACUGACACCAGUUCAUCAUGUGACACGCAUGUCUGGGAAGAGACCGGUUGCUAUGAGAUGAUGUCAUCAGGGACUAGUGCCAGUAGGAAAUAUGGUAACCAAGCAGACAGGAGCUUUCCCAGAGGAGGGGGCGUGGCCAUCUAUUCCCCGACAUGUCAUGACAGAGACUUACCUGUUGUCAACUCCCUAAUUACUCCAAAGAUGCCGAGGGACUGUAGCGAAAGAAGCAGGAGUACACCAGAGAAUUGUAUCCAUGGUGACCCGCAAGCUACCCACCUGAGGACAGCCAGUUUGCCAAGAGAUAAUGACAACAAGCAGGAGAGCUACAGGUGGAUGGACGGAUCCAAAAGCAAAGAAGCAGAUUUUACAUCAUCCACCCGAGGGAGUCCCGAGGUGACCCUGGAGAGGAGGCCGUCCUCAGUCAGGCAUGGGAUCUUCUACUUAGAAAGGGAAAGCAUCCCUCUCCCCUUGUCAACCACUCAGAAGUACUGUCUGGAUCAGCAGAGACAGAGAACUAGGAACAGUCCUCUUAGCACAGCCAGUAGUUCACCGUUGGAGCCCAUGCCAUCCAAUAGGAGUAGUAGCUGGAAGCUGAAAUCACCCUUAGAAGAAAGCAGUAGGCUGUUUAGUGCUAAGUUGGAGCAGUUGGCCAGCAGGACCGACUCUUUGGGUAGAAUACCAUUGGAAUUCCACUCUCUGGACCAUGGCAGUAGCCAGUCCUCUGUGAGCACCAAGGGGUCCAAGGGAGUUUGGGAAGAGGAGUCCAGCUACCCCACCCUACCCCGGGCCAGUCGGAGCCCCAGGAGGGCUCCUAGGUCUGUCCCCUUGAUAGACAUGUCACCAAACAGGGCCCAUUCCUCCAAAAACAGCAGGUCAACCUUUUCAACAGACCCCAGCAUAGUUAACCCUGCCUGGUCUCCAAGAACUAGCCGAUCUAAACAGUCAGCUGUGGGGAAAUUGAUGAUGGCCAGCCCAAAAGUCCAUAAGGUCUCCAUUCCCAGUACCAAGAACCUAAGCUCAUCUACUAAGGUGCUCCGUCAGUCCAUCUACAGGAGCGCCAGUCUGUCCCCUGAUGGGAAGAGCCCUUUGUACGGUUCUCCCUGGUCCACCCAGUCCCUGAACCGAAACCAGACCCCGCCUCCCCAGAUCGGGCCGCCACGACUGUCACAAAAGCCCCCCCUUCGCGUUAUCAACGGGCGUGUCUCAGAGCUCCUCCCAUUGGGCAGAGAACCGCCCCCCACCAGAGACGCCUCCAGAGGUCUGGACCUGGACAAGACGGCGGCAGCGGCUGGAGCUUCAAAGGGAGAGGCUCACCUGGCGCCCUCACCCUACGCCAGGGUGACCGCCCCCCGCCAGCCCAGCCACCUCAGCGGGCACGCAAGUGAUGUCACCAGCGUGUUGAGCGGAGAGCUACCACCGGUCAUGGGGAAGACUGCUUUGUUGACCAAUAGGAACAGUGUCGUCAGCAGCGGCUACGAGAGCAUGGUGAGGGACAGCGAAGCCACGGGGAGCAGUGUUUCCAUCCGAGACUCUGUGAGCGAUCAGAGCUGGUCUGUGAUCAGCAUGGACCGGAGCCGGAGGAACCCCAGGAGGAGGAGCAGCAACGGUUCAAAUCCACGGCAUCUGUCUCAUGACACGUCCAUGUCACUGAGGAGGUCAACCAGUGGCCCCUGGUCUCGCUGGGUGGAUAGGGGUAUCCCAGAGGCCUAUGAGAUCAAAGUCUACGAGAUAGAUGACGCAGAGAGGCUACAGAGAAGAGGAGGAGCAGGUAAACAGGGGAUAGCCUGCUUCAGUGCCAAACUCAAGUUCCUGGAACAUCGUCAGCAGAGGAUGGAAGAGUUACGAGCCAAAUACAACAGCCUAAAGAGAGAGCUAGAGCUGGCCAAACAGAACCUCAUGCUUGAGCCAGGGAAAUGGAACCAGGAGUUUGACCUGUGGCAGACGUUUGAGGUCGACUCUCUGGAACAUCUGGAAGCCUUAGAGUUAGUCACGGCAAAGCUGGAGAGCAGGGUGAAUCUCUGCAAGGCCAAUGUCAUGAUAGUCACGUGCUUUGACGUCCCCACCAAGCGCCGCCAAGCCAAAAGACGCCGCCGCAACGAACAAGGGCUAGGAUUCCUGGGACUUUAGUAUCAUUUAUUCAUUUCCCAUUGUUGUUAUUAGAUGUGUAGAGAGAUUUAAAGAGAGACAGGGAGUGAGGGAGAUGGGAGGGGAAGCUACAAUGGGAUACCACCAUAACAGAAACAUUUCUAGACUUUUUUUUGGGGUGCUUGUCUGAAUUCCACUUGAAAACAUACCCAGGUAUUUGCCUUUCAACUCCCUACCAGUAGUGAGAAGUAUCACUUAGAAAAGGGAGCGGAAUGAACAUCCCUGAAUACCGGCGAGCACUCUCACUCUAAAUAAUGUAUGUUCUGACUCGAUGCGCGCUAUGUCGAUAAAUCCGCUCAAAGCACUUCAGCGCACGCCACUCCAACACACACUAACCACACACUAAUCAGCUAACCACAAUGACUCACUUUGAUUCGUUUAAGCAAUAAGGCCUGAGGAUCUGAGGUCGCAAAUAUACCACGGCUAAUGUUCUUUCUUAGAUGCAACACAGAGUGCCUGGACAAAGACCUUAGCUGUGGUGUAUUGCCAAUAUAUCACAAACCCCUGAGGUGCCUUAUUGCUGUUAUAAACGGGUUACUAAUGUAAUUAGAACAGUAAACAAGUACUUUUUCAUCAUACCUGUGGUAUAUUGUCUGACACCGUCAUGGGGACAAGAAAAGGUUUGAUUUUCAGGGGAAAAAGAAAGAGAUACGCCUGUGACGCAACUUCCUCGUUUGGGUGUUAACAAAGCAACAUUCCAUCUUAACUUUUACUGGAUUGAUUGAAGAGUGCAGAAGAGAGCCUCCGCAGUCUUUUCUCCCUUCUCUCCUAGACCAUUAACGGGGAAAACUUUGGGCCUACUUGGGGCUAGUCAAAUUAUUUAUUUCAGCCAAUCAGCAUUGAAGGGACAAUUACCCUGUUUUUAAAUGCAUACAUUACCAGUCAUGUUUGGACACACAUACUCCAUCAAGAGUAUAUCUUCAUUGUUACUAUUUUCACCAUUGUAGAAUAAUAGUGAAGACGUC